CCUGCUGCAUUCAGUAGCCGAGAGAGAGCUUUAAUCCGUAACGGGUUUUGAUCAACACUGAGCAGUUCAUGGGAGAGCAAAACGUUGCGUGUUUAUUUCGCGUAAACCAUGUAGAAUAGCCACGCAGGUGCUGCAGCUGCGACUUUAUUGCAGUUAUAUAAAAAAAAGCUCCGGUGACCGCCUGCACUGAAAACGAGUUAAACGAGUUUCAAUAGAAAUUGUGCUAGGCGAUGUAGACGCGUUAAAAAGUCCAGAACUGAUUGUGAAUUCGGCAUAAAGUCCAUCAUGGAGGUGCGAAAAGCGCUCACGUGUGUUUUGUUCACCGUGUUUCUGUGGGCAGGAGACGCGCAGGACUCGGUACCUGAUUCAGUUUUGAACUGCUGCGAGGGCGAUGUCCUCUUCCUCCUGGACUCAUCUGGUAGCGUGGCCUCCUACGAGUUCUUCCAUAUGGUGGACUUUCUCAAGGACCUCCUGCUGCCUUUCUCGUUGGGGCCGGAUCAGGUGAGGGUGGGACUGCUGCAGGUUGGGACCGAACCCCAUCUGGAGUUCGGCUUUGACUCCUACGACUCCCAGCACGGACUGCAGGCGGCUCUGGAGAGGACUAAACAGCUGAAGGGCGACACCAACACGGUGGACGCUCUACUGAUGGCUACAAAUCAGGUUUUGAAACAGGGCGUGCCGGGAGGUGCCAGACCCAAUCUGCCCAGGGUUCUGGUUUGGCUCACAGAUGGAGUGGAUCCCGGAGAGGUGCAGGAACCAAUGGCAAGGCUGCGGGAAGAGGGCGUGGCCGUAUUGGUGGUUUCCACUGGUCACGGGAACUAUCAGGUGCUGAGAGAGGCUGUAAGUCCACCUGCUGAGGAGCACCUGUUCUUUGUGGACAUUGACGAUAUCAACAUCAUCAGCGAAGACUUGAGGAACGCAAUUAUUGAGAUCAUCAAGGCCGAGAGGCUACAGGUGAAGUCGGUCACCACUACUACAGCUCAGCUGGAAUGGAGGCCCGUGUUGGCCGGCACCGGCUACUACGAUAUCCAGUUUGGUCCCAUCCGAACAGGGCAGACCGGAGGGACGGGAGGUCCAGGCACCAGUCCUGGCACUGGUUUGGAUCCUUUUCAGAAGAUCACGCUGCCCGGAGAUGCCAGCUCGGCUCAGCUGACUGGCCUGCGUCCAGACACCACGUACAGAGUCACGCUCACGCCGAAAGCUAACCUGGAAUUCCUGAACUCGCUUGAAACCACCUUCACUACACAGCCAGUGAAUCCUCCACAGCCAGGGGUGGACAUUCUGUCGACAGUGACCAUAUCAGAGUCCACCACUAACAGUGUGCGUGUGAGCUGGGGUCCGCGGCUGCCUCACCUCGUACAGGAAUACCAGCUGGAGUAUUCAGCGCUUCCUACAGGCCCACGGCGGACCUUCAGCGUCAGUAACAGACAGGACUCCGCAGUCCUGACCGGCCUCCAGCCGGACACGCAGUACCUGGUCACAGUAAGCGCCAGACAGUCCUCCGGCAAAGAGAGAGCCAUGUCGGUUAAAGUCUGUACACAGGAGGUGUUGCCAGCUCUCUCAGAUCUGCAACUGACCACAGUGGGCAAUGAGUCAGUGCAGCUCCGGUGGAAAGGGAGUUACGAUGGUCUCCGUGGUUACUGGGUCACAUGGGAGCGAGGUCACAGUCAGCGCUCCACCCUGUAUCUACCACCCAACCGGCUCUCCACCACCCUCAACCAUGUUCCCUCCAGGGCCCGCGUCUGCGUCUCUCCGGUGUACCGGACGGCCCGUGGGGAGGGACUCUGCUGCACUGCUUAAAUGGGCUCCGCUGCGUUGACCUGGAACUGUGGAGCGCCGCUCUGCCAAACACGAAAAAUGGAGGGAUGAACAACACCAAAAACUUCCCACAAAUGGACAGAUGGGAGGUCGGGGGAGUCCAGGACACAGUAGCUGUUUGAAAACUCAUCACCCAUAGAUGGUGAUCUUUAAACACACUCACGCAACAUGCACUGACACACAAACCCCAAACCACGCUUCUAAUACACUUGAUGAGUCUGAACUCAAAAGUGGCCUUCUGAAGAAUCAGACUUUUAAAGGAAUGUUUCGGGUUCAACUUCAGUGCUAUUGAUGGGCUGAGAUCUGUGGCUUGCUGUGCAUUACCGCAGACCAUUUUUGAGCUUGUCUCUUGCAAUGCAGACUUUGUUCUCAAUUUUAUGAAAGUUUACUGUCUUUUGCCACAGAAUAAAACUAUUAGAAUACUAUUAGAAUAAAACUAUAAAAUUAUUAUUUUUCUUGACUUUUGAGACCUUAUAUGUCAUUAUU